AGAGCACUUUUGCACUGCUUGCCAACUCACCUGGCAGUAUUUUUGAUACUACACGGUCAUAUUACUGGCCUUUACGCCGCCCCAUCAUGACCACCAUGGCCUCACCGGCCUCUUACAUUCACUGAACAUCGUUGUAAUUAUUUUCUAUUGAAGAAGUGGAGGUUUAGCCACAUUUCAUAAACUGUGGUUGUAAAACGAGUACAGUAUAACUAAGACCAAUACUGUGGCAAUCAUCAUCAUGACGGCUACAUCUAGUGAUGAAAAAGCGGCUAAGAUGCUUGAUGCCCUGCAAAAUGACCUUAAAUCACUAUGUAUGGAAACAAAAAAGAGAUAUCCACAUAUCAAAGAUUCAUGCGAAGAAGCUAUCAUCAAGGCGUGGGCAUCAAUGAACCCCCAGUCAUCAUUGUCACAGAUCACCUCCCAGAUACUCUAUCCUCUUGUUCAAGCGGCAGAAACCAAAGAUCCCAAGAUUGUCAAGCUAUCAUUAGGGCUCAUUCAGCGGCUGAUAGUGGCAGAUGUUGUGGAUGCGAGCAGUGGAGAACACGUCGUAGAAACAUUAUGGAUGCUUAUGGAAUCAGGUAUUGAAGAACUGAAGGUACUACAGACUGUAACACUUCUCCUCACCACCAGCAUUGUUAUUCAGGGAACAACUCUUGCUAAGGCUCUUGUUCUGUGUUUUCGCCUGCACUUCACGAAGGACGCCACAGUUGUUAAUACUGCAAGUGCAACUGUCCGACAACUUGUUAGUGUUGUGUUUGAAAGAGUAGUGGCUGAAGAUACAAAGCAUAAUCAAGAAGAAGGAGGUACUGAAGAUGAAAGUGAGGAACAUGUUAGCAUGGAGGAGCUUAAGGUACUAAGUGCCAACCCUCCCAAGACACUGAGACCUGCUGCUGCUGAUGCUUACUUAAUGUUUCAGGACCUUGUGCAGUUAGUGAAUGCAGAUCAACCCUUGUGGCUUCUUGGUCUCACUGAAAUGACCCGCACAUUUGGUCUGGAGCUUCUGGAAUCCGUCCUUACAACAUUUCCGGCAGUUUUUUACAAUCCAGGGAUGAGUGAGUUGCCGAGAACAUUUGGCCUAGAGCUCCUUGAAUCAAUCCUGACCCUGUACCCAACAGUGUUCUACAAUCAUCCUGAGUUCAACUUUUUAUUGAAAGACAGAGUGUGUGCUCUGGUCAUCAAGUUGUUCUCUCCAAACAUCAAAUACCGAGCCUCAGUGCCUGCCAGCGUCCAGCAGGCAACACCUCUAGACAAGCCAUAUUUUCCCAUUGCCAUGAGACUGCUCAGAGUUGUGUCAGUUUUGAUACAAAAGUAUUAUCCCCUAUUGGUUACUCAGUGUGAAAUAUUUUUGUCGUUGAUGGUGAAAUUCCUAGAUGGAGAUCGGCCAAUGUGGCAACGUGGCCUUGCCUUAGAGGUGCUGCACAAGUUGGCUACUCAGCCUAGCUUAGUGCAGUCAUUUUGUACCAACUAUGAUAUGAAGCCUCAUGCUACUAAAAUAUUUCAGGAUAUAGUAAACAGCUUGGGUGCCUUUGUGCAAUCACUUUUCAUUUCACCACAAUCAAGUGUUGGUGCACAGCUGGGUGGUGGGAGUCAGAGUGGAGCACAGGGUCAGCCUCCAGCAUUGUUGGCUGGAAUGCCUGUAGGCCCAGGAGUUUCCCCUCAGGCAGCUUUCUUCUACAGGGGUGUUUAUCUUCCCCUAUGUGUUAAUAUUCCCACAGGACAGGCAAAGUCUUCGUAUUUAGAAAUGCUGGAUAAGCUUGAGCCACCAACAAUACCUGAUGGAUAUGGUGUGAGUGUAGCAUAUUACUGCCUUCUUGAUAUUAUCCGCUCCAUCCACUUGGUCAUGAUGGGCCCUCAAGCCACCAGUGAUAGUGCUGCAGGAGUGAGUGAACAGUACAAUCCAAGUGAGGAAGAACGCAAGAUUCAUGAACAGCUGGUGAACUCUGCUUGGUGUGGUCUUCUAGCUGCUCUCACUAUACUGUUAGAAGCUUGCACUGAUGAAGCUGCUACUGAAAAUAUUCUUAAAGCUAUACAGACAUUUGCCAGUCUGGCAGGCAAGCUUGAACUGACAACACCACGUGAUGCCUUUAUCACUGCCCUGUGCAAAUCAUGCCUCCCUCCCCACUACACAUUGACAGUACUCAAUAAUGCCAGUGUGGCAGCUGCAGCCUCGGCUUCCUCAGUGUCUCGUGGACAUCAACGCUCGCCGAGUUCUGAGUCUCAGCACCAGUACUAUGACUCAGAGGAAUGCCCCUACUUGUGGACACACCGAUUUGAAGUACGUCAUCAAGUUGUUGCCGUGGGGACGGCACUCGCUACACCGUCUCUGCCAGUUGGGGCACAGCAGGGACCAGUGAUGUUAACCAACAAGAACCUGCAAUGUAUGAGAGCCACACUCUCCAUGGCACACUGUCAUGGUGGUGUCUUAGGUGCAGCCUGGCACCUACUGCUUACUACACUACAGCAUCUUGUUUGGAUUCUUGGUCUAAAGCCCUCAACUGGUGGAAGCUUGAAGGCAGGGCGGAGCACUGCAGAGACCAAUGCUGUGAUCACAACAGCAGUGAUUGCAGAUUUACCAGUUCUUUCAUCAAUGUUAAGUCGCCUGUUUGAGUCUUCUCAGCAUCUGAAUGAUGUUGCUCUACAUCACCUCAUUGAUGCACUCUGUCAGCUGUCUAGGGAGUCCAUGGAGCUGGCAUACACCAAUAGGGAGCCAUCACUAUUUGCUGUUGCCAAAUUACUUGAGACUGGUGUAGUCAAUUUGGGACGAGUGGAGGUGUUGUGGAGACCAGUGACCAACCACUUGUUGGAUGUAUGCCAACAUCCACACGUCCGGAUGCGGGAGUGGGGUGUAGAGGCUGUUACCUACUUAGUGAAAGCAGCACUCACUCAUAAGCACAACCCACCACUUAAAGACAACCAGAAGUUGCAAACUCUACUACUGUCACCACUGUCUGAGGUGUCGUUGGUAGGCCAUCCUGAUGUACGUCAGAAACAACUGGAAUCUCUUCUACACAUUCUUCACUCCUGUGGAGAGCUCCUACAUCAUGGGUGGCCUCUCAUCCUUAAUAUUAUUGGAGCCAUCAAUGACAAUCAUAGUGAACAUCUGAUACGACUAGCCUUCCAGUGCCUGCAGCUGGUUGUCACAGACUUCUUACCCCUUAUGCCAUGGGCCUGCCUGCCACUAACUGUUGAUACAGCUGCCAAGUUUGGCUCACAGACUCAGGAACUAAACAUCUCUCUCACUGCUAUUGGCUUAAUGUGGAACAUCUCCGACUAUUUCUACCAGAACCAAGAGAAGCUUCGUGCCUCCCUGACUUCAGAUAACCAAGUCUUUCCGGACUUUCCAGGCGUCCCUAAUAUGCCUCCCUUUGAUAAACUAUGGAUGUGCCUGUAUGCUAGACUGGGUGACUUGUGUGUUGACUCUAGACCUGCAGUUCGUAAGUCAGCCGGCCAAACACUCUUCUCCACCAUUGCUGCCCAUGGUGCAUUGCUUCAUAAUCAGACUUGGCAAGCAGUCUUGUGGCAGGUGCUGUUUCCAUUGCUUGACAAAGUACGGCAGCUGUCAGAUUCUGCAAGCACAGAUAAGGUAGACCAAGGCGGCAAUAUUCUUAUUCAUCACUCGCGCAAUACGCAACAAAAGCAGUGGGCUGAAACACAGGUGUUAACACUGUCAGGUGUUGCUCGGGUGUUUAGUACAAAGCAAAAAAUACUCCAAGGCCUGGGAGAUUUUCCACGAGCUUGGGCACUACUGCUUGAUUUUAUACACACUGCUGCCCUCUCCAAAAGCAAUGAGGUAUCGUUAGCAGCACUAAAGUCUCUGCAAGAGAUGCUUCAGGCUGGAAGGUCUUCUACAUCCAUCUCUUCUAGCUCAGAUGAUCCUGCUUCUCCAUCACACUUGAGGUUACCCAUCCCUGAAGAUUCUAUAGCAAACUGGAACACUGCAUGGAAGGUUUGGCACACCAUUGGCAGUGAAGUGACAAAACCUCCUCCUGAUGAAGUAACAAGGGGAUCAGAUGCAUACAUCCCUUCACAGCCUUUCCUCACUGCCUUGGUUCACAUAUUCCCUCACUUGUUCCAACAUAUCAAGCCACGCUUUGUUGUUAGCGAUUUUAGUCGCUUGGCUUCUGUUUUACUGGGUUGUGUGUCGGUCCCUGUGCACGGAGACUCAUCGCCCUUCAUCCUUCCGUCCUUCACUGAAGUUGUUGUCACUCCUCUGCAGGAGGGCAUUUUGCAAGCUCUGUCAGGAGUGGAAAAGGAAGUAACAGAAGGUAAUGGAGCAACCCGAGCAAUGGUCCCACAGCUGUUCAAGUUACUUUUACAGUUUUCAUCCUACAGUUGUCAGGCUCCUAGUUAUGGCAAUGUUCUUACUAGACCUCACACUACUAAGGGAUCAACUGACUGGGUGACCAUGAAUUUUGUGCCCUUUGCUGAGAGAUCAAUGUCUAUGGUGGUAUCUCUCUACCAAAAAACCUCCAAUUGGCAAGAAGUUAUAGAGGCACAAGUUCUAAAGAAUAUUAUUCAGGCCAGCAUAAUGCCUCUACGCUUGAAGUACCGGUGUCCUGCACAGACAACAUGGAAGUUGGUCAUCACAACACUGUUGACAGUACUGCAAGAGGGACUUCAGCUGGCCAGAGAAUAUCCUGUUCACUUUAGGGAGAUGUGGACAGUUUUAGGCACAGCACUUGACAGUUUCCUGUUUUCAAACAGCCCCCCACCUGCCAACCAGAGCAGUGAAGAUGCAGAGCGCGAUGAAAAUAUUGACUGUCAAGUAGUAGAGUUGAUAAGAGAAGAGAUUCUGCCUUAUGCAACCACCACACCUAGUGACUUUAUAGUGUCAAUUAUGGUACUUCUUAAUAAAGGCUCUAUUGAGUCAGCAUCAGGCACUGACUCUGAGUGUGAAGGAUUUAAACUGCGGGAAGAAUUUGCAAAGACAUGUUUUGAAACUCUUCUCCAAUUUUCCCUUCUCACACCAACUGAUUUUGAUCCCAGCCUGGAAAGCUCCGGUAGAGCAGGAUCAAGCAAAGCCAGUGAAACAAGUAAUGGUUACACAGCACAAGAGUCAACUUUAAAUGUAGCAAAGUGUGAGUCAACACAAGUCACUACAAAAUUAGCAGUUACAUCUCUCCUGCAUCGCUUUAGGGAAGUCCUCGUUAAAUAUGUGGAAGAUGAGAAGCUUAGUGGAAAGUGUCCCUUGCCCAGACACAGAAUAGCUGAAAUAAGCUUUGUACUUAAAGCUAUAGCAACCCUGCUCUCAUCCCUUAAAAAGGCACCAAUAGAAAAAGUGGACAGCAUGACCUGGACACAGCUGAUUGGUCUGUAUCCUCAUCUUGUGGAGGUAGGAGGAGCCAGUAGUACUGGCACACCUCAGCUGUGGCGAUCACUCAGGGAAGUACUCUUACAGUAUGCUCAACUGUUGCAUCCGCCUUUACCAUCUACCCCUGUGGAUUCCAGCGAUGAUGCACAUAUUGGUCUUAUAAAUGGAACGUAAAGUAUUAAUUAUGCUUUGUAACACGUCGUUACUGUCAGAUGGCAGUACAUAGUGAAUAUAAUGGAAACUUAAAUUUUUAGUCAUUUUGUUUUAAGGCCAUAUUGGAGAAAAUAGUGAACCCUUCAGUGUGUGUUAGAAUUAUGGUAACUGUAUAUACUGGUAUAUAUACAGGUUUAUUUAAUAGAAGGGGCCAUGUCUACACAAAACAUUCUGAUAUGAUACUUGGGUAAAAACCUUGUAUUUGAGUGUUCUUUAUUUUGAAGUCUAGAUAUAAUGACAUCUCGAGUGGAUAAAAUUGUACACUAACCAGCUACCCCAAGUAAUAAUAAUAAUAGUGCCUCCCCACCCUAUAAGAUGCAAAACUGGGUAGCAAUAUCGAUGUUAAAAGUAAUAUGUAAAUUUUAAAAAUUGUUGCAUUUCCCUUGAUCAUGUGAUGCAAAAGCUGAAAACUAUUACAGUACAUAGCAAGACAUUACGUUGGUUAGGCAGGUCAAUUUAACCCUAGCCUAUGCUUAAGCAAUAGCUUUUGCUGUUUUUUCAACAUAAUCUCUAGAUAGUAAUUAAAUUACUUGAAAGGGUUGCAACUCAAAUAUCAUAGAAAAGACAUAAGAAACUCUGUACGUAUUUCUUUGUUGAUAGAGAGAUAUAUAAUUACGGUAAAUGCUCUAGAUACAGUAUAAAGAACAAAAAGGCACAAUACUGUGACUGGAACAAUACACAAAUAACCCAUACGUAGGAGAGAGAAGCAGCUUACGACAAUGUUUCGGUCCGACUUGGACCAUUUACAAAGUCACACUGUGUGCGACUGUAAACAUCAUUGUAAGCUUUUCUCUCUCCUAUGUACGAGUUAUUUGUGUAUAGGUACAGUAUGUCAUGAUAGCCCCAACCACUUAAUUUCUUUCCAGAAAUUGUAUAUUUUUUGUAAAAUUUUGAAUAUCUUUUAAAUUAUGAAUAUUAUGAAGAGGUUUGUGAAAGAUUUAUUUCUUAUUUUUUUAUAGUAAGUGUAAGUCAGUGAUAUACUACUGGGAUAGUAGUACUUUCUGCUGCCAUUGUUCUCAAGGUUAUGGCUUAUAUCAGCUGAAGGCAAGUACAAAAUCUGUGCUUUUUGUACUGCAUUUCAUUUCUUAUGCAGUGGCUGAAAGUUAUGAAUUAUAUGUAAAUAAAGGACAUAGAGUAUCAUGGCACGGUUUUUUGCAGUGGAUAGAAUGUGAAUAGAGCUUGUAAGAGUUCAUUAAGGGAUGCUUUGAGUACUAUGUGAUCUGGAUAUUAGAUUUCCCUAUGGCACAGAUUGUCAAAUUGAGUAUCACUAUAUGUACUCUGAUGGUGCUUUCACUCCUUGUACCUGGAGUACAACAAUCUGUUGAGUACAUUGUUUUUACACUGUCUGUGUAAAAUAACAUUUAUAUCUGUAUACUGUACUUAGCAAGUGUAAAUAAAACAUGAAUAUAAUCAGGGUAUAUCAUGUGUGUCUUGAAAGUUGUUCAUGCUUCUCUGACAACUCAGCAUUGACUCCCAGUUCAUAAUGCAACUCCUUAUAUUGGAAGUAGUGUGCAAGUGUCAUUUUGUAUUUUACCUUUCAGAGUGGGUGCCUUGAUGUUGGUGAAGGGGGGGUUUUGAUCCAAGGAAUUGGAGCUACCUUUCUCAUUGGACAAAAUCUGAUUACCUCCAGGUGCUGUAUGACCCUCAUGGGUUUAGCAUUUUCCCCUACCCCCAAAUAUAAUGUAAUAAAUUCAGUUAGAGUCAAGGUAACUUAAAAGUAUAAAAUCUUCCUCGUUAAACUUAUCAGCAGUCAACUUCAUUUUGUUGGUGUUGUGUUUCAGCAGCAGCCAUGAGCCUCAGACUAGUUCGUGCCUGACAACUCGAGAGAAUUCCACUCGUUUCUUUGUAUCUUUGAUUGUAUGUUUUCUAUGCACAGUGUACAAUAGAUAUUAAUAAGGUUGUAUUUAAGUAUUGAUUUGUAUUUAUGUGUUAUGACAGUGUUAUGAAUACAGUAUAUAAUUUUAUCUAUCAGAUGUGAUUGGGAUAUAUAUUCUAAGCUGGUAAUGUAAAACUACAGUAUUUGAGUUCAAAGCAAAAAUGAAAUAUUUACAACUUAGUAAAUUUGUUUUUACAGUUUUCUACAGUAUUAUUAAUGGCCUGUAAACAGAGCUUCAAAAUAUACAUUUGUUUCCCCAUUAUAAAUGGUUCACAGGCUAAUGCUGCAGUCAGCAGUCAUUGGUUAUUUUUGCCAUCCUCAAUUUUAUUCUUUGUGCUGAAGAAUUGUAAAAAUAAAGAUACCAUGGUACAAUUCUCACAAUCUUAGAAAUCCUGGGCUGAAUGUAGAGCCAACAAAGGUUACUGGAACACCAUUGGUCAAGUAUGGGGAGAUAGUCACUCAUCAAUAAGUGUAGCAAAUGGAAUAUAUUCACACUCAAUACAUAAUGUUUAA